ACCAUUGCGUUAGAUUAGGACGUUUUAGCAGGCUGUCAUAUUGCUUUAUACUCACACCCGUACUUCAGACAGACGUUAAUCGUCACGUGGCAUCGCUUAGUAGUUGGUUGAAGACAAGUGACGCCGCGUCACACUUGAACGGCGAGGUAACCGAGAACAAUAUAAUUACGCCUUGAGCCUUGGUUUCUUUAUCUUUGUUUAUCCGGGUUGGCAUUCUGCCGAGUGGCCAAAGCCAAACAACGCAGUCCUGUUACUCCACCGGCCUCUAAGGCUCCAGAGGGCACGCACUCGACACCCAUACACCCGAGGCCAGAACGCAAACCUACACACAAACACCAUCGUCACGACGUUGCUCUGGAGAUGCAUGAUCGCUGGGUACAAACCUCAUAUGACCAGUUCAUGGACACCAAGUAUGUUUCCGGCCGCAACCCAACCGCUGAAGAGGCUGCUGAGUUCUUGAAAUUCACCGCUGCUGACCUCAACGUCACGAAAGAAACGGAUAUCUAUGCUCCUUUGUGUAAGGUCAUGCAAUCAGCUUUACCCGAGGGAACUCUGGUAUGCAAGGAUACGGGUGAUUGGGCUGAUGAGUCGGCCCCCGCGUCCACUUCUGCACAUUGGACAGGCGAUAGUCCCAGUGGCAAGAAGAUUGAUAUCUGCUUCUACGAGGAUAACCAAGCAGUCCUCGAUGCGGUAGCCGUUAAUCCAACUACCACUACAGUCACAGACACAGAUCGCCUUGCUAACAUGGCCCGGGUUGCCUGGACUGAAGUCGUUGCCUUCUUAGAGGCAAAGGUCAGCGUAGAUAUCUUCGGGAUGAAACCAUCCCGACCCUUCUUGCCUUCUUCUGUUGAUGCCACUAUUAUGCGAGGCCAGAUUGCGGAGUAUGCAGCAGAAAUUCUCCUUCAACAGCAUCGUACGCAUGUCUUUAUGAUAUUCGUGUACCAAGACACAGCUCGUCUGGUCCGAUUCGACCGCGCUGGCGCCAUUGUCUCCGACUUUUUCAACCUCGUUACUGAACCGAUGAAGUUGCUCAACUUUGUUUUUCGGCUCGGCAGGAUGUCUCGCUCUGAACGUGGUUUCGACGACAACGUGGUGUUGGCCUCAGGUGCGGAAGUCGAACUCAUGAAGAAUCAUCUGCCUCCGCAAAACGACCAAACUCGACUGGCCACACACAUACGGAACGCGCUCUCUUCAGAGUCACGUAUUCACAAAAUUACUGUUCCUGGCAAGAACGGAGGGAACGCGCAAAGCUUUCUCGUCGGUAAGCUUCGUGCAGGGAGCCGAUACCCAACGGGGCGUGGUACCAAAGGGUACAUUGCGUUUGAUUUGCAGAAACCGCGCUUCGUCUUCGUCAAGGAAGGCUGGCGAAUCGAUUCCGACGAUGUCACUUCCGAGAUGGACAUCUAUGCUCAACUGGAGAAGAACCAUGUCGAACAUAUACCCACAGUCAUAUGUGGGGGCGAUGUCGGAACGCCGGUUCAAAGAACAGUCUCUCAGUCUCUGCUCACUUCAAGCUCCGAGGUGACGUUCGCAACUCGUAUUCAUUAUCGAAUCGUUCUCGAAGAGAUAGGCCUGCCGCUGGAGGAACAUGUCCAGGGGCAAGAGUUAAGUCUAGAAAUUUACUACUGUAUAUUGGCUCACAAGCAAGCUUACGAGAAAGCUAAUGUCCUGCACCGUGACAUCAGUGGUAGCAACGUCCUCAUCAUUCCCAACGACCAAGAUCCGGGCAAAUCCAAAGGUAUGCUGAUUGAUUGGGAGUUGUCGAAGACGGUGGAUCAACUGAAAAUGAUGCCUACUCAACAUGAACGUUCGGGCACAUGGUAUUAUCUCUCCGCACUUCUCUUGAACUAUCCCAAGAAACCCUAUGAGCUUUCCGACGACCUGGAGUCCUUCGUGCACGUAAUCAAUCUGCAGAACCUCCGCUUCAGGCAUCAUGACAAGAGUCCAUGCAAGGAGGACAAGAGUGAUCUUUCAGAUCACCUCUUCCGCGUCUAUCAGAAAACCAAGGUCGUAGAAGGAUUCCACAUUGGCAGCGAGGACAAACUAACCCAGAUGAAGAGUGGCGUACCACCGUACACGAUCACCGUCCGCAGUAGCAUGUCGACUCUGGUGGAAGGCUUGAUGAAGAUGUGUCAGGAACACUACGCUGCGCUGGAUUGGGAUGACCUCGCCAAGUAUGCUGUAAAGAAGGAGGCAGGCCCGGUCGAUGAGAGUGAUUUUAUCCCUGCAAUCUCACUCCCCAUUCCCAAGAAGAUCACUCUAAUCCCGACAAUCCCGGAGGUGGAUGAAGCGCAACCUCAGCCUGCAAUCGAACCACCAACGAAGCUUCUCGACACUCACGAGCACAUUGAAAGUGUCUUCGCGAUAGCAUUGGGUGAGAGAAGUUGGAAAAAAAUGGACAAGACUCCAGACCAGUUCAUCGGUCUUCCCUAUGGUGCACCAGCUCCGCCGACGGGCAAAGGAUCAUAUGCGCCCAGUCAGGACGUCAGUCAGAGCAAGCGGAAAUCUGUCCAUUCGACUGAAGAAAUCUCAGGAGAAGCCAAGAAGCGUAAAAUUUCUGCUUUGCGCAGCGGUUAUAGGGAGCGUUAAUUUUUUUGUGAAUACUCGCGUGCAUUACUCAUAGAUUGUUUAUCGUGAUUGAAACUUUGGAAUAUAUGGUGUCCAUUUUCACU